GGCGGAGCCUCCGCCGCCGUCGACCACCACCGUCCUCAUGGAGGUGGCGAAGGACCCUUGAGAUUGUGCGGGGGCUUCCUCGGACAUGAACGAACCCACGUUCUGGCCGACGGUAGCAGCGCCGUGGUCAACAUGAACCUAAUCAACAUGGACGCGGAGAACCGCGUCGUCCUGAACGUCGGUGGGAUUCGUCACGAGACGUAUAAGGCGACCCUGAAGAAGAUACCGGCGACGAGGUUGUCACGCCUGACGGAGGCCCUCGCGAACUACGACCCCAUCCUCAACGAGUACUUCUUCGACAGGCACCCUGGAGUCUUCGCCCAGGUCCUGAACUACUAUCGCACCGGGAAGCUUCACUAUCCCACCGACGUUUGCGGGCCCCUCUUCGAGGAAGAGCUCGACUUCUGGGGCCUCGACUCCAACCAGGUCGAACCCUGCUGUUGGAUGACCUACACACAGCACCGGGACACGCAGGAGACCCUAACUGUCCUGGACAGGUUGGACCUGGACACGGAGAAGCCGAGCGACGAGGAGCUGGCCAGGAAGUUCGGGUUCGAGGAAGCCUAUUACGAGGGGACCCUGAACUGGUGGCAAAAGCUCAAGCCCAAAAUGUGGUCCCUCUUCGACGAGCCCUAUUCCUCGAACGCAGCCAAGAUAAUCGGGGUGAUCUCGGUGUUCUUCAUCUGCGUGUCGAUCCUGUCGUUCUGUCUGAAGACGCACCCGGACAUGCGAGUCCCGGUGAUCGUGAACAAGACGGUGAAGAUCAACAGCACGACCUCCUGGGCGCUCGACAAGACGCACACGAACGCCCACGACGCGUUCUUCUACAUCGAGUGUUUGUGCAACGCGUGGUUCACCCUGGAGUUCCUGAUCCGGAUAACAGCGAGCCCGAACCGGUGCGACUUCAUCAAGAGCUCGGUGAACCUGAUCGACAUGAUCGCGACAAUGAGCUUCUACAUCGACCUGGCGCUGCAGAAGUUCGCCAGCCACCUGGAGAACGCGGACAUCCUCGAGUUCUUCAGCAUCAUCCGCAUAAUGAGGCUGUUCAAGCUGACCAGGCACUCGUCCGGGCUGAAGAUCCUGAUCCAGACCUUCCGUGCCUCCGCCAAGGAGCUGACCCUCCUGGUCUUCUUCCUGGUCCUCGGGAUCGUCAUCUUCGCCAGCCUGGUCUACUACGCGGAGCGGAUCCAGUACAACCCGAAGAACGACUUCAAGAGCAUACCGCUGGGCCUCUGGUGGGCCCUGGUCACCAUGACCACGGUCGGCUACGGGGACAUGGUCCCCAAGACCUACAUCGGCAUGUUCGUCGGCGCCCUCUGCGCCCUUGCUGGUGUCCUAACGAUCGCCCUGCCGGUGCCCGUGAUCGUCAGCAACUUUGCGAUGUAUUACAGUCACACGCAGGCGCGAGCGAAGCUGCCCAAGAAGAGGCGAAGGGUCCUUCCGGUGGAGCAACCCCGAGUUCGGGCCCCUGGGGCCCCACCCCCGCCCGGGGCCCCCGGGGCUGGGCCCCCUGGUGGCGUCCCCCAGGGAUGCGCCCAUCAGGGACCCUAUCUGCCCCCGGGCGCAGGCUCCGGGGGCGGAUGCGGACCGGCCCCACAGGGGAGGAGGAUGAACGCCGUCAAGACCGGGCACCCCAAGGAUCCGUUCGCCACCAAAUCAGGUUGGAUCUUAUGGAUUCUAGCCCUCUCACAGACCCUCGAGUCCUUUUCAACCCUUCCGAUACCAGCCUGCCUUAAGGUGUACCUCUGUACAACUCUCGAAUGA